GGAACCUCCACUACAAGAGUCCUGAAAUCUUAUUAAAUAAACCUUAUGACUCUAAGAGUGACAUCUGGGCUAUGGGUGUGUGUGUUUAUGUAAUGGCUACUUUAGAACAACCAUUUCAUGGAGGAAACAUACAGCUAGCGUUUAAAUUUGUACACGGUCAGUUACCUAUGCCUAAGGAUAGAUAUAGUCCCCAGUUGAUAAACCUGAUGGAGAGAAUGUUGUGUCGGGAAACAGACAAGAGACCGUCAGCUGAAGAUCUUCUGAAUGAUGUCCUCUUCAAAACUCAUGUAAUACCAAAAGUAGGUUAAAAAAUUAUUAUUCUAAGCAUAUUAAUUUCACGUGUUUAAUAGUUUGAUUUUUUUUUAGCUAUAAUGUUACAAUUCCAAUCUUGGACAAAAACACGUUUAAGAAAA